AAGAGAAGCACUUCCUGUUUUUUCUCUGACAUAACGCGAACGCUUCCAUUUUACGGGUAGUUAAAACACAAAAACUCCAAGUUUUUGCAACUUUACACGUGAAAAGCACGGACAAAGCCUGUAAUUACCAUAGAUAUGUCUCACACAAUUUUGCUCGUCCAGCCAACAAAGAGACCUGAGGGCCGCACGUACGCUGAUUAUGAGUCAGUGAAUGAAUGCAUGGAAGGUGUUUGCAAAAUGUAUGAGGAGCAUUUGAAGAGGAUAAACCCAAACAGUCCAUCCAUCACAUAUGACAUCAGUCAGUUGUUUGACUUUAUUGAUGACCUCGCAGACCUGAGCUGUCUUGUUUACAGGGCUGACACCCAGACAUAUCAGCCGUACAACAAAGACUGGAUCAAGGAGAAGAUCUACGUGCUGCUGCGGCGUCAGGCUCAGCAAGCGGGGAGGUAAAGGAAAGACAAGAAGACUGUUCCUGUUACGCACCAGGAAGACAUUCAUUCGACACUCUAUUUCCUGGUGUAGUUUGUGCAAGGAACAUAGUGCAAGGAAGGGGCUGAAGCUGCAAAUCUGCUGGGUAAAAUGGAGUUCUGAGCAGCAAACUGUACAUGGUUUAUUAUGUUACAUCAGUGGUUGACAAACUGUGAAGUGUUAAGUCACUGAAGUUUAUUCAUGUGGUCCUUCUGAAAUGUGAAAUUGUCAUGACUACACCUGGAAAGAACUGCUAACUUUUCUCUUCAAUACUUCACCCAUUAGAAUUUACCAGAAAUGAUGGUGACAUCUUCAAUGUUUUUUAUUUUUAUCAUUCUCUUCAGAAGUUCCAAAAGAGGAAAUUUUUUUUUUCGUAAAUUAGCAACAGUGGUUCUAGUGGCCACUGGGGGCACUGUGAUUGGCAACAAAAUUUCAUAAAUCGUGCAAACAAGCAACCUACUUUGCAUGCACCUGCUUCAACAAGUCCAGACAUGUCCCAGUGUGUCAACAUUCUUACUAAACUUAAAGAACAACUGCACAUUGUGUUUAAAAAAAAAAAAAAUGGCCACGACGCAAAAUAUGUUUGCUGGUCCUCACAUGUAUCUGUCGGAAUCCAAACUUUCAGCGUUGCUUGUGUCGGGUUUACGGAGUGACAAAGGUUUUGUGCACCCACUCGCUGACUAACUCCAUUAUUCCUGUGCUUCCCCAGCUAAUCCCAUUGAAAAAAUACGACACUACUCCUCACUAAAAAUAAUUUUAUGGUGCCUGAUUGAUUGAUUGAUUGUUUGGCUGUUUAGACAACUACUUAUUUCAGCACUAACCAAGAAACAGUACCUUAGGAAAUAGUUCAUACACAACAAAUUGGUUACUUUCAUUUUACUGAAAUUAAAUUUAAAAUUUUCUGUUAGUUAUUUCCCUAAGAUAUACAUUUUGGAAAGGGAUUGUGCAGCCCCCCUCCCCCACAAGUUUUGAGAACCCCUGUACUGUUCUAUGCUGAAUCGAACUAGUCAGUUUGUAGUCAGUGAUUCUUACUGAAAGAUGUUUCCUGAUUUUUGUGGUGCUUCAGUUAAUACUUAAAAAAAAUUUUUACUGAGCUUUUUGGUCUGACUAACAUUUCUGUGAGAUUUUAAUACACAUUUGUUGGGCUGUUGGAGUUGAAUAUUGUGACAGAUUUUACACAUCCUGUUAUGUAAAUUGAAUUGAUGUCCAAAGAAUUCUACUGGCCUGUUGCUAUUGGUCAGGAACCAGGUGUCGCAUUUAAAUAGAAGCUGUUGUUUUGGCACCUUUGGAAGGGUGCUAUGUGCUUCUGGAAUUGAGAUGAGGGUCCAACUCGAUGUCUCAGCUGCCUAGCAAGCUUGCAAAUCAUGUUUCGUUUAAGAUGAGGCUUCAGUUCCUCAGAAAUUUCACAAAAUCUUUAAAUUUGGUCGAUGCUUCAGAUCUGGGCCAAUGUACGAAAUUUGGAAUUGCGCCGCUCCUACUCAGAUCUCCAAAAGAGUCUGACACAAUAGUCAGGUGACAUUUAUGCCUUUCGAUUAUGACCAUCAGAGGGUGCUGCUCAAGUUGUUUUAUUUAAAAUCUUAUGGUACCUGAUGGAGUCUUGCUUUAGCCACAGCCCAAAUCAUUUUCCCCUCCAACACUGACCUGCUUCUAUGACAGCUAUGGCGCACGGAAUACGUAGGCGCUCUCCACCCAUUGUUCAGAUUCAGUGGGUCUGUUGCCACUUAGCAAUCAGUGAGUGGCUCCAGACCUUCUUUUUAGGUGACGGAGUUAGAAAAGGGGCUGGAUGAUGGAGACUGCGCACACACGACUUGUGUGGUCUUGCCAAAGUGGACCAGUUCCACUAUUCUACAGAAUACAAGCAGUGGGUAGCUACAGUUGGGAAGUUAUUUGUUAACUUGUCCCUAAUUCUGAAUAAAAAAAAAUGUCUGCAAAAGGUAAAGGGACAAAGGGAAAACCACAAUCAACAGCAAGUGCAGUAAGCUACUUUGACUCCUAGCAGGCCACGUGCCUUUUUGGAUCCAGGCCUCCCGCCAACCUGUUUGUUUUAGGCUGUUACUAUUGAUAUGCCACCAUAUGCACACAUCAAAUUACUUACACUACCCUGUGUCACAGUUCAUGCUCAACCCAAGGUUUUGAACUCGAAAUUCAUCAGUUGCCGCCUGUAUAGCUUCGCCAUUUUGGUGCAGUAAUCGCAACGGUUUCUUACUGGAUAGCAUACGAUAUACUACAUAUGUGACUUGAUUUGUAAAUGUUUUGGUCUCGUGUCUGUUACUGUUUGAUUUAAAACAUGUUUUGACUCCACUGGUCGAACAAUAAAUGCUUUUUCCCCUCGA